AUGGGCUCUCCUUCCACCUGCUAUGACGUUUUAAUCCUCGGCGAUGGUCCUGCUGGACUGUCUGCAGGCCUGGCUUUGGCCCGCGGUGGCCGUUCAGCGAUCUUCCUGACCUCGGGAUCAUAUCGCAACCAUGGUGUGACUGCCCUCCAUAAUGUUAUCGGACACGAUGGGGAAAGUCCCGCUCAGUUUCGCGCCGGUGCCCGAGAACAGUUGUUACGGAAGUAUCCAACCAUCAAUGUGGCAGAGGGGCAUACGAUCGUUCACGCGAGCCAGGAAAAGCUCCCUCUUCAUGGUGGCGAAGCGGCUGGCUUCCGACUCCAGUCAGCACAGGGUCAGGUAUUCUACGGGCGAAAGCUGGUCUGGGCCGCCGGGGCACGCGAUUGCUUCCCAGAGGAUCUGGAGGGAUUUCAGGCUUGUUGGCCGUCCCACAUUUACCACUGCCUAUUCUGCGAUGGGUUGGAGAAGAUGCAACUGGACGCCGGAGUCGCCGUCCUGGCAUACCCCUGGAAACCGAUCUAUGGCUAUCUGGCGCUACAGGCCGCCUCAUUUAAGCCCGCACGGGUGGUGAUCUUGACCAACGGUGUCCCUGUGACGGACCAGCUAAGGGAAACAUUGAAACUGGCCUGCGCGAUGGGAUGCACCAUCGACGACCGACCGAUCGGUCGGCUCCUUGCCCCGGCCACGGCGCAGUCUCAGUCCCAGGUCCCCCAGGACACAAGCUCGGUGACCGUCGAAUUUGCAGAUGGGAGCUGGGACAAAUUCGCCUUUCUGAUCAACAAGCCCAAAACCGACAUUGUCUCCAAGGAUCUAGCAACGGAGCUGGGACUUGAGCUAGAGCACUCGCCGCAGUUCGGCACCACCAUCAAACGCCGGGAACCGUGCGGCGAAACUAAUAUUCCUGGUCUCUACGUGAUCGGUGAUGCCGGAACCCAUGCCAAGCAGAUCGUCGUGGCCAUGGCGCAGGGUAUGUACGCAGUGGACAGUCUGUGGGCUGAGUUGAUCACGGAGGAUGCUCAAAUGCAGGUCAAGAAGGUGGAAGACGCUACAGGUGGAGGGGUUUCCUCAAACGCAUUAGUUUAG